AUGGAGACUGUUUUAAACGCAGAAUAUCAAGAUACACUGGUGUUCUUCGCGGCGGGGGUGGUGUUCCUGGCGGCGCCCACGUGCGACGACGCCCCCGGCUGGUUCUCGGCGCUGCCGCCCGCGCUGCACCUGACGGUGGGCGUGCUGCUCGUCGCCACGUACGCGCUCUUCACGCUGGGCUUCCCGGACGACAACCUCUCGGCCUGGGUGAAGGCGGAUGAAAUUCUUCUGUUGCUUGAGGCAGCGACGGCAGUUGCAGGGUCAAUACUGACACUCGUGUCUUGUGACAACAAAGACCCUUUGCAUUUUGUGCCGGCGAUCGCGGGGCUGGCGGGCGCGCUGCUGCUGGUGGUGGACUGCGCGGCGCUGUUCGUGAUGUGGCGGUCGCGCUUCGACGUGGAGGAGGCGGCGGGGCGCGGGCCGUCGGCGGUGGGCGGCGUCGCCGGAGGCAUGCCCGGCGACCGGCCGCCGCCCCGCAAGUCCAUCUUCGCGUAG